CCGCCCGCGCGCCGCCCGCUCGCAGCCACUCGCUGCCUGGGCUCAGUCGCAGCCCCUCGGAGUCCGGAGCCGGCCGCCCCUACGGACCGGACAGUGCGGCCGGCGCCCGGGACGGAGCCCCCGGCCCGCGAGGAGGGCGCGGCGCAGGCGGCGGCGGUGCGGCGGGGAGGAGCCCGGGCCGGAACCAGGGCUGGGCCGGGGGCGGGGACGCCGGGGUCCCGGAGCCCCGGAGCCGGAGCGAGCGAACCUGCGUCGCGGGAGGACCGGGAAGGAGGAGCACCGCCGGAGCGAGCCGAGCUGCCCACAAAGUGCGAUGCCCCGGCGGGGCUAGGGCGCGCGGCGGCCGGCGCGGCGCGGAGGGAGGACGCCUGGGAGCUGCGCGGCGCCGGGCGGCGCGGAGGGGCAGUCCCAGCGGGCGGCGGCGGGCCCGGGCUGCGACCCGAGCGAGCCCCAUGCCCCGCGCGGGCUGACGGGCCGGACAGGUCCCGCUAGAGCGACAUGAUGGUGGAAUCCGCCUCGGAGACAAUCAGGUCGGCUCCGUCUGGUCAGAACGGCGUGGGCAGCAUCUCGGGGCAGGCAGAUGGCGGCGGUGGCGGCAGCAGCGUCGGGCCCGGGGCUGCGGGCACUGCUGGAGGCGGUGCGGUUAGGGACCCAGCGGCAGGCGCCGACAGCAAUGGCGAGAUGAGUCCCGCUGAGUUGCUACACUUCCAGCAGCAACAGGCUCUCCAGGUGGCCAGGCAGUUCCUGCUGCAGCAGGCCUCGGGCCUGAGCUCCCCUGGCAACAGUGACAGCAAGCAGUCGGCCUCCACCGUGCAGGUGCCUGUGUCGGUGGCCAUGAUGUCGCCCCAGAUGCUCACCCCCCAGCAGAUGCAGCAGAUCCUGUCACCCCCACAGCUGCAGGCCUUGCUCCAGCAGCAGCAAGCACUCAUGCUCCAGCAGCUGCAGGAGUAUUACAAGAAGCAGCAAGAGCAACUCCACUUACAGCUUCUCACCCAACAGCAGGCUGGCAAGCAGCAACCCAAAGAGGCCCUGGGGAACAAGCAGCUGGCCUUCCAGCAGCAGCUCCUGCAGAUGCAGCAUCUGCAGCAGCAGCGAGUGCUCGGCCUGCAGAGACCCGCGCUGGUGAGCCUGCCGCCUGCGCCCCCGCCGCCAGACCUGCCGCCGCUCUGGAAGGGCGAGGCCCCCGGGCAGCCCCCCGACGACGGCGUCAAGCAGGAGGGCCUGGACCUCGCCGGCGCGGCCGCCUCCGCUACCUCGUUCACCGCCGCCCCCAAAGUCUCGCCGCCCCUGUCCCACCACGCCCUGCCCAACGGACAGCCCACUGUGCCCACGCCUCGGAGAGACAGCUCCUCCCACGAGGAGACGCCCAGCUCCCACCCGCUCUAUGGACACGGCGAGUGCAAGUGGCCAGGCUGUGAGACCCUGUGUGAAGACCUGGGCCAGUUUAUCAAACACCUCAACACAGAGCACGCCCUGGACGACCGGAGCACAGCCCAGUGCCGCGUGCAGAUGCAGGUGGUGCAGCAGCUGGAGAUCCAGCUUGCCAAGGAGAGCGAGCGGCUGCAGGCGAUGAUGGCCCAUCUGCACAUGCGGCCUUCUGAGCCCAAGCCUUUCAGCCAGCCAGUGACCGUCUCCACGGCAGACUCGUUCCCAGAUGGUCUUGUGCACCCCCCCACCUCGGCUGCCGCCCCUGUCACCCCUCUACGGCCCCCUGGCCUUGGCUCUGCCUCCCUGCAUAGCGGGGGUCCCGCCCGCCGGAGGAGCAGCGACAAGUUCUGCUCCCCCAUCUCCUCAGAGCUGGCCCAGAAUCAUGAGUUCUACAAGAAUGCUGACGUCAGGCCCCCCUUCACCUAUGCCUCCCUCAUCCGCCAGGCCAUUCUGGAAACGCCUGACAGGCAGCUGACCCUGAAUGAGAUCUAUAACUGGUUCACCCGAAUGUUCGCCUAUUUCCGGAGAAACACUGCCACCUGGAAGAAUGCCGUGCGGCACAACCUCAGCCUGCACAAGUGCUUUGUGCGUGUGGAGAACGUCAAGGGCGCCGUGUGGACCGUGGACGAGCGGGAGUAUCAGAAGCGGAGACCACCAAAGAUGACAGGGAGCCCCACCCUGGUGAAGAACAUGAUCUCGGGCCUCAGUUACGGAGCACUUAAUGCCAGCUACCAGGCCGCCCUGGCCGAGAGCAGCUUUCCCCUCCUCAACAGCCCUGGCAUGCUGAACCCCGGCUCUGCCAGCAGCCUCCUGCCCCUCAGCCAUGAUGAUGUGGGCGCCCCCGUGGAGCCGCUGCCCAGCAACGGCAACAGCAGCCCCCCUCGCCUCUCCCCACCCCAGUACAGCCACCAGGUGCAAGUAAAAGAGGAGCCGGCUGAGGCAGAGGAAGACAGGCGGCCGGGCCCUCCCCUGGGCACCCCCAACCCCAGCACCACGGGGCCUCCAGAAGACAGGGACCUGGAGGAGGAGCUGCCAGGAGAGGAACUGUCCUAAGGGCCUCUGGUGGCAGGCAGGGCAGGGGUGAGACCCCUCCCUCCUGGAACCCAGGCCCCACGUGCCCCCCGCUCCACAGCCCCGCCCCAACCUCAAGGCACUUCCAGGACUCAGAUUGGGGGGCUGGGCCAGCAACUCCCAAUGUGACCUGACUGACAGACGCUCGGGGGCAGGGACGGUCCCGCCCCUGAGGGGACACAAUCCCUGGUCUGGGACCAAGGCCGAGGACCUGGAGGGCCCAGACCCUUCCUCAGACCCGCCCCUACCCCUGAAUGCCGCCUCCCCCAACCACCAGCAGCAGCAGGGCCCUCCUCCCCCACCAGCUCUCCCCUUCAGGGCCCCUCAGCACCAUGGAGACCCGCAGGCGGGGCCAGCCACCCUUCUCAAACCCGAGGCCCCUCAGUGCUCCUGCUCGCACCGGCUGUGGCCGUCUUUUCUGGCCGGAGGCCCCUCACCUCCCUGAUCUGUGCUCCCUUCCACAUUCUUGACCGUACUGUGAAGAGAUAACUCUCCACCCCCAGCUCCUGCCCCCGCGUGCCCCAGCCCAGGUUAGGGAGCUUAAGUUUCAGGACAUCCCCAGGAGAAACCGGCCCUCUCAGCUGUGUCCACUCAAAAGCCACAGCUGGGAUGGGACAAUUGUGUGCACUGUGGGGGUGUGGGUAGCAGAGCCACUUGGCUUCAGCCCCUCCCCCCAGACCUGUGACCCAACCCAGGCUGAACUGGGCCUCCACCCCUGUGUGCUGGGUGCUUGUCGGCUGCUCCCACACUAGGGAGCGAGGCAGAGGCCCAGUGCCCUCUGUGAGGUCUGUGCCAGGUGGGCUUCCGGAGUGGAGCCAUUGUAGGGGGGUCGGGCUGCUCUUGAGGCUGGAGUUGGGGCAAGGUGCCAGGACCACCCGGAAGCAUCCUGCCUCUGUCACAGAGGAAAGGCCAGCCUGAAACCAGCUCCAGGGGUGGGUGGGAUUGACAUGGCUGCUGUGACCCAACAGGUUGCCCUGCCCCAGCCUGCAGGUCCCCUCACCCUCCCUCAGCACCUCUUCCCUGUUCUCCUCAACCCUCCUCCCCCAGUUAAACCAAUGACCAAAGACCUUUCUUAUGCCGGAAGCAAAAACCAAAACUUUUUGUUGGCUUUUUCCUUUGUCGCCUCCCAUUCCCCCCUGCUCUUCCCACCUCCCACCCCGGCCCUAGGCUGGAAGCCUUCCCUUCACUUAAGUUAUUGUUUUAAACCAAAGUUUACAGUGUCUGUUGGUGGCCAAGACCCCCCGCUCCACCCUUCCUCCAUCGGACUCUGAGGACCCUGAGACUCAGAAGAGGCUGGGGCCCUACUCACCUGUCCACUCUUGCCCAGCCUGGGGGAAGGGAGGAGGUGGGCCCUGAGGGGUUCUUGUCCCCUCAGGCAGAGGGCCUGGGAGCCCUAGUCCCAACCCUGGGCUGCUUCCUGGGGGGCUCUCCAGACCCCUCUCUAGAACCAAGUACCCCAUCACGCUGGGAGUGUGGAUUCCAGCAAAAGAGCUGGAAAAAGGACUCCACAGACCCCCUAUGGGGGACCCCCAACUUGGGCCGAGGACUGGGUGUGUUUGAUGUCCAUGGUACCCAGGCCAGGCCCCUUUGCUGAGAAGAUUCCUUGGACUGUUCCCCAAGAAACCCCCACAUACACCCCUUCACAAGCCACCCCUCCCCUAUAUACUCCUACCUGUGUUCUGUUUGACCAGCACAGAAAUAUUAAACGUCCUCUAUUCACUGGG